UCGGGAGCGAUGGCUAUGGCGACACGUGUCCCUUCGGCCUUAUCUACGGCACCACCACCACCGCCGUCACCGUCACCGUCGCCGUCAUCACCGUCAUGGGUGGGUCGACGUCAUAAAUUGAGUUCGGUGGUAGCUCGCGUCAUUAAUCGCCGCGGCCAUCGCAGCGGCACCAGCACCAGUCAAAUUGGGGUCUCUCCGUCGCCUUCGCCGCUUCGUUUCGCUUCGCCCGCUGCUUCGCCUUCGUCGCCGUCGCCGUUUCCUUCCUCUUCCUCUUCUUCUUCUUCGCCGAGGAGGCGGUUCCCGACCGUUGCUGCAUCCAUGGCCGGCGCGCCCCCGACGACGGUGCUCAUCACCGGUGCCGGUGGUCGAACCGGUCAAAUAGUUUAUAAGAAAUUGAAGGAGAGGUCAGACCAGUUUGCUGCAAGAGGUCUUGUCAGAACAGAAGAGAGCAAGGGAAAAAUUGGGGGAGCUGAUGAUGUUUAUGUUGGUGAUAUAAGGGAUCCCAGCAGUGUAGUACCUGCAAUACAAGGCACUGAUUUUCUUAUUAUUCUCACCAGCGCUGUUCCAAAGAUGAAGCCUGGUUUUGAUCCCACUCAGGGUGGAGGGCCAGAGUUUUAUUUUGAAGAAGGAACUUAUCCUGAGCAGGUCGAUUGGCUUGGACAGAAAAAUCAAAUCGAUGCUGCAAAAGCUGCAGGAGUAAAGCAAAUAGUUUUGGUUGGUUCAAUGGGCGGAACAAAUCCCAAUCACCCUUUGAACAGCUUGGGGAAUGGAAACAUUCUGGUGUGGAAGAGGAAGGCUGAGCAGUAUCUGGCUGAUUCUGGUAUUCCAUACACAAUAAUAAGGGCUGGAGGCUUGCAAGACAGAGAAGGGGGUAUCCGUGAAUUGAUUGUGGGCAAGGAUGAUGAGAUUCUUGAGACACCAACAAAAACCAUCGCGAGGGAGGAUGUCGCAGAAGUUUGCAUUCAGGCGCUGUUCUUCGAGGAGUCCAAGUACAAGGCGUUUGAUCUGGCCUCGAAGCCCGAAGAUGUCGGUACACCCACAAAAGAAUUUAAGGCUCUAUUUGCCAGUGUGACCACUAAGUUUUAAAAUUGCAAGUGGCCAUAGAUUAAUAGUUGCUCUUUCUAAGUUUAUGGAAAUGGGGAAAGAGAGACAUGGCAAAUAAAAGUAGGUGUACAAGAAUAUGUCUCCACAGAAUGUGUUGCAAGUGUCAAUUCUGUGUGGUCGACUGCAUAUGAUGUGGCCCAAGAAUAUGAUCAAACAACAAAAUUGGGCAUUAUUUACUUGUAAAAACUGCACGUCUAUAUGACUAAUGUGCAGUGGAAGUGGAUAAGGUAAGAAGAUUGAAAUCCUCCUUAAGUGAUCAUGGUCUGUUUCUGAUGCUA